AUGGAAGCUGAACUUGAACGAUUAAGUAAAAGUAAUGAUGAAGAAAAAUUAAAGAGUGAAGAAUUACGUGCAAAAUUAAAUGCAUCAUCAUUAUCUUUACGACAAGAAAAACAAAUGAAACGCGAUUCCGAAUUAGCACUGAAACGUAUUAAAACAGAUAUACAUAAUUGUUCAGCUUUCAUUACAGAACCAAAAUUAUUAGCACAACGUGUCGCAGAUAUUUAUGCUCAAUAUGUUCGGGAAGAUGCGACUGAAGAUGCAAGUAUUGAUCAAGAUAUAACAAAAGAAUAUGCACGACAACGUGAUCAUCUUGAACGAACAGUUCGAAGUCUUAAAGCUAAAGUUGAUAAAGAUUCUGAACGACAUAAAACAGAAAAUAUACGUAUAAUGCAGGAAAAUGUUACAUUAAUCAAAGAAAUCAAUGAUUUAAGACGUGAAUUAAAAGCAUCUCGUGUUAAAUUACAAGAUUUACAAACAGCUAUGGGUAUAAGUCGUAAAACAGCAGCACGUACAACUGAAGAAAUUGUUCACGCAUUAAAUACACAACAAAAUAAUCAUAUUGUUAACGAAAAACAAAAUGAAUUGGAAAAUUUAAUUCAACAUCAACGUCAUGAAAUUCACCGACUUAAUGAUCAAAUUACUCGUGUUGAAAAUAAUAACAGUCGUAGUGCUUCAGCUAAUGGUAAUCGAUCUCGACCAACAUCUGGGCAAUUACCACCAAUUACAUCAACAUUAACUGCUCAUUAA